GAUCUUGCAAGACGAUCGCAGACACUCCAUGUCCUUGUGUGCGUUGCUGGAAAAAGGCGAGAGCGUAAGCUACCAGAUUGAGGGUAUGUUUACCAUGGGCGACUGGCAGUUGGUGCGUAACACUGUCAAGGCAGGCGAGGCCCAGGACGAUCAUACGCGGGCUGCCAUCCGUCGCCUUUUCCACGAGUGCCCUCUGCUGUUCGAUCACAUGAUCAACGAACAUGGUGCCGCGUCCCAAGAACUCCUUGAGAUCGGCCUGGUGUACGCCGAUACCUACGAUGCAAAGUACUUCCUGAAUGAAGACGGCCUUGAGCAAUUGGAUCCUGUCAGCAUCUACGGUCGUCCUCCUCGUCUUGCAAUUACUGACCCUUCUUCGAUCGUUGAGUCAACCGCCGAAAUCCCUCAGAUUAGCGGCAUCAAUGGUCUAGGAAUUACGCAGUCAGGCAACGGCGCAAAUGAGGCUGUCGAUGUUUCUGGUUCGGAGCUUCGAGACAUUGAAGACAACGAUGAAAACGACGGCUGGGGGUUUGCCUCGAUUUCCAGCCUGGGGUCCUCCAACAGCGACACUGAUGAGGAAAAUUCUAUGGACAACGAGCCGACAACGGCCAUUGUACACAGCCAACCUGCCGAGGUUCUGGCCGAUCAGCUGGCGGAUCUGGCGGUUCAGGAGGUUACCGCUGUCGAGAAUACGGAGAGGCACACGGUCUCGCAGGUGAUGGAAUCCUUCAGUGACGAGGGCGGUGUUGCGUUGCAAGAAGUUCCUGUCCAUUCUCAAUCGGAUGAUGCUGUUGUUUGCCCCUCAGGGGAGGACAUUGCCAGCGACGAAGAUGAUGUUACCUUGCACCAGGAAGAUUCGCCGGUCAACCAAGAGGCGGGUGGAAAUUCCGUUGGUUCUCCAGAGGUUACCGACGUUCCUCAACAGACUGCAUCGUCGCAAGGCCCAUCUGCCAAGGCUGUCAUGAUGGCUGCCUUUACCACGAUUCCUGGACUGCAGGCCUCAAUGUGGGCUUUGGACAUGCAUCAGAAGUUCCCAGUCCCUCUGGAUGCAGAUAAGGAGGCUGCUUUGGCCGAUUGCGUCAACGGUUCCAUCAACUCAGAGCAAGGCGACAAUGGCUAUGUUGAGGCUGAUGAGGAGGAUGACGUCAUUGGCUCGGUUGAUACCCAAUCAGAGAAAGAGACUAUGUCAAUGCCAGAGGAACAGCAACAGCUUUCUUACGAUCUUCGAUCGCCUAUCGAUCUGCCGCAGGCUGCCUCUGAGGUGCAACCGGACGCAGAGGACGCUGAAGAACCCCAGAACGCUGAAGAAUCAGGAGAAGCUUCGGAUGUGGAAAACGUACUGGGUGUAGAAGACGCGCCAGGUGCAGAUAACGUGCAAGAAGCAGAGGACGGGUCGGGCGCAGAGAACGCUCAAGACGCAGAAGACGUGUCAGGCGCAGAGGACCAGAAAGAGAAGGAAGACGCAGAGCGUGGUCCGAACAUAGAGUACAUCGCCGGGUUCGUGCCAAUGCACAAUCUGCCGCGCACUGCGCCCGGUACGCCCGCAGAGGAUGAGAUGGGUACCACAAAGAACGAGGAACCCUCGUACGAAGAGCGCCGUAAGAACGCAGGUGGUCGUCUUCUUGGUAAGAAGCGACAUAACCACGCUGGGGGCGACGUCUGGGACCGCGAGGCGAAGCGCCACGAGCACAAGUUCACUUAUCAGCCGCGUCGCGUGAUCAAGGUGCCGACAAAGAAGUACGGCAACUCGGCUUUGCACGCUAUGCGAGCGAAGCAGGCUGCAUCGAUUAUGGCCCCCAAGGAGACUGCUCAGCGUGAGGAACCGACCCGACAGCCUAAGGGCCCGCCUGCUUCGGGCAAGGAGAUGGCGGACGAGAAAGCCAAGGAUCCGAAAGCGUGGCCAAACAAUUUUGCUGUCGGCGCACCAUCUCGGCUGAGGGAACGUCCCAAGGAGGGCAUAGCCUUCUCCUCUGAGAAAGGUAUUCACUCGGCGGUUAGGGACGAUGGCGAAGGAAAAGACUAGAAGGGUGAGCAACUAUACACUCUGUGUGAUGGGGCUACCAGUAAGGCAGCAUGACGACAAAGGCUACUACAACACCAGAUCUAUACAAGCGGUGGUGAUGCAGGGAGAUGGUAGGGUGUAAGGGUACAAGAUGGCCGGGCAUUAUACACUGCAGGCUGGCUUGAUCAACAUUGUAUUUGACGGAUUCGGGAGGAAAGUCUCUGUAUUUUGCUGUGCAUACGCACAUGCACUUCACGGGUUGCGAGUUUGCGAUACACGGAAUGGAUGGCGGCAUGUCAAGGGCGUAUUUUGUUUCUGAUUUUAUUUGUACUGCAUAGUGG